AUGAAUAAUAAUCAGGCCACAGCUCCUCCAGUCUAUGACAACAGUGGGUUUCGGCAUGACGACGAAAGACCCCCUCGUUUCGUCCCCAAACAGAGCCUGUACCCUAACCCUCACAUGGCUCCGCAGUAUAUUCCAUCCAAUCCUUACGCCAUCAACACUCACCAGACGACUGCCCCUGAAGUUCUUCUACCACAAAAGACCGGUACAAGAAGGUACAACUGGAAACACGUCUUAUGUGGAUUACUGUGCGCUGGUGUAGUCGUGGCAAUAGUGUCCCUUUUUCUCUGGUAUUUUUUGUUUUAUCAAUGUUUCCUGGGUAAGUCUUGUGGCGGGAGGUGUCUGAGCCGCUCACAGUGGUGCGAUGGCGUAAAGGACUGCUCUGACGGAGAGGAUGAGAGACACUGUUUUCGAUUACAAGGCGAUCGCUUCCUGUUAGAAAGUUUCUUCUCAGACAAAGAAUUGUGGCUGCCAGUGUGUGCGGACAACUGGCACGACGACUACGGAAGAGCGGUGUGUCAGGAGAUGGGUUAUGAGAGGGAGGAUUAUGGGAGUUUCACACGGACGAAUGCAGGUUCUUCUGCUUCAGGAGGAUAUCUGACAUUAUCUCCGACUAAUGGCUCUGGAUCACGAGCGCAGUCACGUCUCAGUCACAGUUACUCCUGUUCCUCUAGAGCUGUUGCGCUCAGUUGUGUCGGCUGUGGGGUGAGUUCACCGGCGGCCAGCUCCCGUAUCGUGGGGGGCACUGAGGCGGAGAACGGGGCGUGGCCGUGGCAGGUCAGUCUGCAGAUCAGAGGAAGCCACAUAUGCGGAGGCUCCAUCAUCAGCUCCAAGUGGAUUCUGUCUGCGGCACACUGCUUUGAAUCAUAUAACAGAGCGUACUUGUGGAAAGUACAGUAUGGUGAUGUCAGCUUGAUUCAUAUGGCGUUUUACAAUCCAUCCAAGUCUGUGGAUAAAAUCAUCAGUCAUGCAAAUUACAACCCAGAAACCAACGACAACGACAUUGCUCUCCUGAAGCUGAGUUCCCCUCUUGCCUUUUCAAGCACAGUCAAACCAGUUUGUCUGCCCAACGCUGGUUUGGAUCUGUCACCAGAGCGUCAAGCCUGGAUCACAGGAUGGGGAGCUCUGCGGUCAUCAGGAACAUCGCCUGACAGAUUGAACCAGGCUGAAGUGACCAUUUACAGUAGAGGCACCUGUAACGCCCACUCGGUAUUGGACGGAGCUGUCACAGAAACUAUGAUAUGUGCGGGGAAACUGUCUGGAGGAGUGGAUUCUUGCCAGGGAGACAGCGGGGGCCCUCUAGUGGUCAAGCAAGGAGGUGUUUGGUGGCUUGUAGGGGACACCAGCUGGGGCAUUGGAUGUGCAUGGAAAAACAAACCGGGUGUCUAUGGCAAUGUGCCCUAUUUUAUAGACUGGGUUCAUGAACAAAUGCAGAAUAAGUAA